UUUAACGGUUUGUAGAGUUUUAUUCAUUUAUUUAUUUAUCUACAAUAGUCUUCUCUCAGAAACAGAAAUAUCACCUGCUAAAGAACGUAACAAUCUCUUAAACCUCUUUUCGCUCUUUGAUUAGUCAUUUUCCACCAAUGGCAUCAAACCCAAUUUUGAGAUCAACCGGAUUGUUCUUGCUUGUAGCUUUGUUCAUUUGUCCAUCUGAGUCUCGGAGGGUACAACAAAUUACAACCAUGUCAUUUUACUUGCAAGAUUUAGCUUCAGGCCGGAAUGCGACUGUUGUCCCGGUGACGGGCAUCUCUGGCAAGAAUUGGUCAUUCACCACAUUUGGCACCAUCUUUGUUAUGGAUGACCUAAUUACAGAAACCCCAGAUAGGAACUCAAACCAAGUUGGUCGAGCCCAAGGCAUACUUGUGGCAUCAGCAUUGGAUGGCUCUAACGUGCACGCACAACUCUCAUUUGUGUUCUCCAAUUUCAAUUAUACUGGUAGCACUUUAGAGCUACAAGGGGCUAGCCGUCAAUUCGAGAGGUACAAAGAGAUAUCUGUGGUUUCAGGAACUGGGGCAUUCAGGUUUGCAAAGGGCUAUGCUAUCUUUGAGACAAUUUAUUAUGAUCCCAGAAUUUCCUACUCAAUUAUUAGGUGCAAUGUUAAUCUGCUUCCAAGUUAAAAGAAAGAAGACAAUGUGAUAAAAUUGUUAAUGUCUACUUCAAAAUAGUGACCGUAUAAGGUUACUAGUUCUGAUAUUAUUAACUAUUAGCCUGUUGCUUUUUGGCUGUUAAGUUUAUUAAUCUGAAAGAUUUAUCUAA